UGAUGAUACAUGUACAGACCAUUUGAAAUUGUAACAGGUAUAUUCAGUGCACAUUUACCACUUCUGGAAUGGAUCUACAAAUUCAUGUACUGCAGCUGUACUGCUUUUAAUGGGAUAUAAUGCACUAAAAUCACAGUUGAAAUACUGGUUCAGGUAUUGAGACUUUCUUGAAACCAGCUUCGUCUACCUCCUUGCUGGGCUAAUGCCAGCCAAGGCAGGAUUACCACCUAGUGUAAACAAGCUUGCCUGAGGAAAGAGAUCUCUCAGCAAUCCUGAACUGGAUACCUGUCUCACUGCAAGUUGCGUUCACACUUCGUGGAAUACAUUCAUAGUUUCAUACCUUCAGAAGCAUCUCUGAACUAUAGAGCAGUGGCUGUUGGAAUAAACCUUGUACUUGAAACUUUAUCAUUGAGAAGGUUGGCUGUAAUCUUGCAAAAAGAAAUAGCUAGAGAAAAAAGGGUGCAGAAUUUGUCUGCACCCUACUCUGUGACAAUCUGUGUAGGCUCUACAACUUUGAUGCAUGUAGGAGACAAGUGAAUUGUCAUAUUCACACAGUUUUCACCAGGGAUUGAUGCCAUGCAUUGCUUUGAGUGAACUUGAACUUCAUAUACGUACCAGUCCUGCCAUCAUAUUCCAAAGGAAUUUUAUUGAACUUAACACUUGCUUCUCUCAGUAUCUCCAACCAAGUCAAAAACUUUCUUUAAAGGAGGAUUAUUCUUUAUAAGGCGUGAUAUUCGGAACACUUUGCCUUGAUACUUUGCAGAGAUAAUUCACUCACAGCGCUAUGGCUGAGCCAUUAGAAGAAUUGGACAGCUUGGUCCAUGUCAACCCGAGUGAAGCGUUCCCGAAGCGCCCUCUACAUAAGGAUAACCCAGCUUUAGAAUGCCCCUUCCCUGAACUGUGUGGAGAGAGUAUAGAGUUCAUUGGAGAGGCCUCUGAUGGUGCUGUCAUUGUACUCUCCAACUACAGGCUUCACAUCUGCUAUGCUAAAUCAUUUGUCAAUGUACCUGUUGGUUUGAUUGAGAAUGCAGAAUGUAAAGAUCAGGAGUGCCUUGUUGUCACUUGCAAAGAUGGAAAAUUAAUCAGAUGCCAGUUUGAUACGAGUGAUCAGUGUCAGGAAUGGUUGUAUCGUGUCUUGAAGACGCUUGAAAGACCUUCAAAGCUUGAUGAUAUCUUUGCAUUUUCCUUUCAUGCCUGGUGUUUUGAUCAUUUACAUCGGGAAUCUGAUGUCAUGGAACCUGGUGUUUGUUUUCUUGAAGGAUCUAGUAAAGUUGUACACUGUAAAUUCAGAACAGAAAUCGAUCGUCAAGGAUUUGAUUUAAAGAGAGCGUGGAGAAUAUUUGACAACUCAGAUUUCAAAUACUGCACAACCUAUCCUACUCAGCUUAUUGUACCAAAAGAAAUUGAAGAUGAUACUAUGAAGAAAUCUGCUAACUUCAGGACAUCAAAGAGGUUUCCAUCAGUAGUUUGGAGACACAAGGGCAAUGGAGCAGUGAUCGCUCGUUGUAGUCAGCCUGCUGUGGGAUGGUUUGGAUGGAGGAGUGAAGAAGAUGAAGGAAUCAUGUCAGCCAUCUUGGAUGCAUGUGCUAUGGAUGAUCCAAAGAAGAAUAAGAAGAGUUGUCAUAGCAAUGGUCAUGUUAGAUCAGAACCAAAAGGGAUUCCAAAUGAUCAAGAUGAUACAAGGAGAGGAGAGUAUGACCGUCAAUCCAAGACCAUUCUCAUCAUAGAUGCUAGGUCAUAUGCAGCAGCAUUUGCUAACAGGGCCAAGGGAGGUGGCUGUGAAUAUCCAGAGUACUACACUUGUUGUGAUAUAGAGUUCAUGGGUUUGGCCAACAUACACACAAUCAGAAAGAGUUUCAACACUGUCCAUGCACUCUGUAGCAAUAACAAUCUGGAUCAGAGCACAUGGUUAUCUAAUUUGGAGGCGACCAAAUGGCUUCAGAAUCUAUCCAUGCUCCUCAAGUCAUCAAUCAAGGUAGUGACUGCUAUAGACCAGGAUGCUAGACCAGUCAUUGUACAUUGUUCAGAUGGAUGGGAUAGAACUCCUCAGAUUGUAGCAUUGGCUGAGAUCAUGCUUGAUCCUUACUAUAGGACUAUGCAGGGUUUUCAAGUUCUUGUUGAGCGUGAGUGGCUUGACUUUGGUCAUAAGUUUGCUGACCGUUGUGGUCAUCGUCCUGGUCAAGAUGAUGGUAAUGAGAGAUGUCCAGUAUUCCUUCAGUGGCUUGAUUGCAUCCAUCAGCUUCUUAGGCAGUAUCCUACAGCGUUUGAAUUCAAUGAAACAUUCCUUGUGAAACUAGUACAGCACACUUAUUCUUGCCUGUUUGGGACAUUCCUGUGUAACAGUCUGAAAGCUAGACUCAAGAACUCUGUCAAGGAGCGUACCUGUUCUGUCUGGUCUCUUCUUAUCGUAGAGGGUAACAAGUACAGGAACUUCCUCUAUGAUCCAAAGAUAGACAAGGUAUUGUACCCAACAUGUGACAUCAGAGAACUUGACUUGUGGAUUGCUGUAUACCUAUCAGAGACAUCUCACAGUAUCUGUGAGGAUUCAGGUCCUCCAGUCCAACAACCAUCACAGUCAGGACUCAAUCCUGCAGAAAGCCCAAAGCUAUCAAGAACUCGCUCCUUUGACAAUAUCCACAAGUCAGUGAGUGAAGAUGAGCCUAGCCGAGGCAACAUGGGAGGUGAUACACAGGGGUUAACCAGGACCUCCAGUGAUCCCAAUCUGAGUGACUUAAAGAUAGAAUCAACUCUUGGGACAUCGCCAAAGAAUCGCAUAAUCCCACCGCUGCCACUAGAAAGGGAAGAUGAGGAAGCCAAGGACACUCAAGAUGAACCAUUGACAAACGGACAUACUCAAGAAGAUGGAAGUGAUAAUGAAGAGGGAGAGCAAGGACUCACAAAUGGCCAUGAAGUAGAAGAGAAUGGUGACUUGGCAGAGACCCUGACUAAUGGUGUCAUUGGUACUCUAGAAGACUGUGAACAGCAAGAGAUUAAUGGAAAUCAGUUCUCCAAUGGCCAUGAUAUCAGGUUGAGCAAUGGCUUGACUAAUGGUCAUACUGAAGAGGAUUUUGAAGGAGAACUUUCAGAAGGAAGUCCUAUGUCCUCAACUCCAAGAAAGACACCAAGAACGAAACAUAUUUUGGAUGCCCAUAUGGAGAGUUCUACAGAAACUGUUACAGAAGACUCAUCUCCAGAACACAAAAGAACUGAUGAUCCGCAGGUUCAGAUGGGUCCGACUGAUUGCAAUGGAUUUGACCAUUCUCCUGUUGAAUCAAAUGGGGACAUCACUCCUAAUGGAGAUAUUUUGAAUGGACAUGCUGCCCGGAUGAAAGGAUUACUCUUUCAAAGCUCUAGCAUCAGUACAAGCACUAGUGAUAUUAGUAAUUCUCAUGUUGGGUACCAGGUUAAACAGUCUCCAAGUGUACCCAUCCAGACAGGACAUCACAUUCCACACUUGCCAUUGUUAGAUGAUGGAGACAUCACACCUCUAGCAAAUCACCUUAGUAAACUAUCUUCCCUAGGGGUUAGCCUUUCUAAUGGACAUAAUAAUCACAUCUCACAGUCAGCUGUGGUAGGAUCAGAACCAUCUUUCUCUACAUGUCUUAGCAGGACAUCCAGCUGCAGCAAUAGCAACGGUUUGGAGGCAAUGGUUGGAGAUGCCUUAGGGGAUUCCCAGAGGCAGUUGAAACUAGGUCGUCACCUAGAUCUGGAUGGACUGACAUGUAUCAAGGAUCCUAGACAACGUAGAAUGCUAGGGAUCCUACAGGAGCAGCAACAGAAGAUGGAGGUCAUGAAACAGAGAGAGCAGAUCUUACUCACCAUCAUUGAAAGAUUGCGGGUGGCUAAUGAAGAAUGCAGUCCUAAUCUAGCCUGUGCAUUAGAUGAAUUAGAGAACUGUAAUCUGUUGAACCCUGAAGAUGAAGAACAUCGAUCCCAUUCACGAUGUAACUCAAUUAGAUCAGAUGUAUCUUGGGAGCAGAUAGAUGAAGGAGAUACUAGUCGAACACUCUGGAUUCCAGACCAUGCCGUUAGUCACUGCUCAUUGUGCAAUAGCAGAUUCAAUCUAGUCGUUAGGAAACACCACUGCCGGAAUUGUGGUCAGAUCUUCUGUGCAUCCUGUAGUAACUUCUUCAUAGCCAUCCCCCGAGAGCAGCUCUACCAACCACAGAGGGUCUGUCAACCAUGUCAUCAACGCCUUGAGGUUGAUGCCCUCCAUAGACAUGAACAUGCACUAGAGGGCAGCAGACAGAUGGGUACAGUCCGUGAUGGUUGAUUACUGUAGGUAGUCAGGAGUGUUUGCUUUUAACCUAGGAUGCAAUAUGCUAUUCAGAUGUAUAUCAAAGAUAGAAUAGAACUAUAACACUUGUAUAUUACAAGUGCAUUUCAAAGGACAUGAUAGGGUUUUACCUAGUAAGACUUGUCUCUAAAAUUGUAUCUUACCCAUGCCCUACAUGUCCUAUUAGCCAGCUUUUAAGUGUGGUAUAUUAUAAUGGAUAUUGACUUGACAAUGAAGUAUAGGUGAUACCAUCUAUCAAGACAUUCUUCACAUCAUUGACCAUUUAAAAUGGAAUGAUAUUGUGUGGAAAUCUCUAUUGCAAUGAGUGACUCAACAUCACAAGAAGGAUACCAUUUAGUCCGAGUUAUUUGCUCACAGUCUUAUGAAAGCCUCUUAACUGUGGAAAGUCAUUUACAUUACAGUUGUUCAUGUAGAAGUUAUCUGCACUGUUGCUUUGCAGUAUUUGAGUGUCCUUCAUAUCAAGAGGUCACAUAAAAAAAAUUGUCCAAGUCAGAUGAAGGUAUCACGACUAUUUAUUGCUGAGAUUGAUUAGAUCAAUUUCCACUAUUCUUUGUAAGAUU